GUUUCCCGGCGGCGGCGUUCCACCUUCGUCUUUGCUGUCUCGCCGCGUCUUAAUUUUUUUCUACUUCAGUAAUAAAUCGAGCAGAGAUCUUUCUGUCUUGAUUUCUCUUCUCUCUAUUCUACAAAAUCUUGGCAAUUUUAUUUACUUACUUUUUUUUGUUUCUUUGUUUUAUAUAUAUAUACAGAAGUUAAAGAUCUUUGAAUAUAAAAAUUGGGUUUUGGGGCUAAUCGUUGAUAUCAUAACGUGUAUUAGUUAAGCAAAGCAGGAGUGCUUAAGUAUUUGCUCACACGACUAAGUCUUUUUCUCCUCCUCUUCUUCUUCUUCUUCUUCUUCUUCCCUCUCUCUCUCUCUCUCUCUCUCUCUCUCCCUUUCACUAUCGCUUCUCAAUUUAUCAAAUGCCUCAUAAUAUCCAGUUGGGUGGCACGACACGACCGCGUUGAAUACUUCAGACAGAUUUGCUAAAAAGAAAGUGUUCUUCUUUUAUCAAACCCAAAGAUCUGAGUUUCUUCUUCUCUCUCUCUCUCUCUUCCUCUGUCACGGACACGGGCUCCUAAGGGGAUCUACCUGAGGUAGAUCAACAACAACAAUGGCAUCUAAUGACCAUUUCAGUAAAAGCCGAUCAAAUCUUUCAAACAACUCUGAUAUUCAGGAGCCUGGAAGGCCACCUGCUCCUUCUUCAGUCACAUUUGCUCGUAGAACUUCCUCUGGUCGCUAUGUUAGUUACUCCAGGGACGAUCUUGAAAGCGAGUUGGGAAGUCAAGAUUUCAUGAACUAUACAGUUCACAUCCCUCCAACUCCAGAUAACAACCCAAUGGACCCUUCCAUUUCUCAGAAAGUCGAAGAGCAAUAUGUCUCUAACUCGAUGUUCACCGGCGGGUUUAACAGCGCUACGAGGGCUCACCUUAUGGACAAAGUGAUUGAGACAGAGACUAGCCAUCCGCAAAUGGCCGGCGCUAAAGGAUCCUCUUGCGCCAUCCCUGGCUGUGAUGCUAAGGUUAUGAGCGAUGAGAGAGGUCAAGAUCUUCUCCCUUGUGAAUGUGACUUUAAAAUCUGUAGGGACUGCUACGUAGAUGCGGUCAAAACAGGCGGUGGGAUUUGCCCCGGGUGUAAAGAACCGUACAAGAACACGGAGUUUGCUGAUCAGACUGAUGAGAACGGUCAGCAAAGGCCUAUGCUGCCUCCAGGUGGCGGGUCGAAGAUGGAGAGAAGAUUGUCGUUGAUGAAGUCAACUAAUAAAUCAGCUUUGAUGAGGAGUCAAACUGGAGAUUUUGAUCACAACAGGUGGUUGUUUGAGACAAGUGGAACUUAUGGUUAUGGUAAUGCGUUUUGGACAAAGGAUGGGAAUUUCGGGAGCGGUAAAGAUGGAGAUGGUGAUGGUGAGGGUAUGGAGUCUCAUGAUUUGAUGAGCAAACCGUGGAGACCGCUUACUAGGAAGCUGAAGAUUCCUGCUGCUGUUAUUAGUCCAUACAGGCUUUUGAUAUUGAUCCGUGUAGUUGUUCUUGCAUUGUUCUUGACUUGGAGGAUUCAACAUCAAAACCAAGACGCUAUAUGGUUAUGGGGAAUGUCUGUGGUUUGUGAGCUUUGGUUCGCCUUUUCUUGGCUUCUUGAUCAGCUCCCUAAGCUAUGCCCUAUUAACCGUGCCACUGAUCUUCAAGUCCUCAAGGAAAAGUUUGAAACGCCAACAGCCAGCAACCCGACCGGGAAGUCAGACCUUCCUGGAUUUGAUGUGUUUGUCUCUACUGCAGAUCCUGAGAAAGAACCUCCUCUGGUCACUGCUAAUACCAUUUUAUCAAUUCUAGCUGCGGAAUAUCCGGUUGAGAAGCUUUCUUGCUAUGUAUCUGAUGAUGGAGGGGCACUUCUUACGUUUGAAGCCAUGGCUGAAGCUGCCAGCUUUGCAAACAUUUGGGUUCCUUUUUGUCGUAAACAUGCCAUCGAGCCGAGGAAUCCUGACUCUUACUUUAGCUUAAAGAGAGAUCCUUACAAGAACAAAGUAAAGUCUGAUUUUGUGAAGGAUCGGAGACGGGUUAAGCGUGAGUUCGAUGAGUUCAAAGUCAGGAUUAACAGCUUGCCUGAUUCGAUCAGGCGACGUUCUGAUGCUUAUCAUGCCAGAGAAGAAAUUAAAGCCAUGAAGAUGCAGAGGCAGAACAGAGACGAUGAGCCUUUAGAGCCAGUGAAGAUUCCAAAAGCUACAUGGAUGGCUGAUGGUACUCACUGGCCUGGGACUUGGUUGACUUCUGCCAGUGAUCAUGCCAAAGGCGACCACGCUGGUAUAAUUCAGGUGAUGUUGAAGCCACCAAGUGAUGAACCACUACAUGGAGUAUCCGAAGGGUUUCUUGAUUUAACCGAUGUGGAUAUUCGACUCCCACUCCUCGUCUAUGUUUCUCGUGAGAAGCGACCGGGUUAUGAUCAUAACAAGAAAGCUGGAGCCAUGAACGCCCUAGUCAGAGCUUCUGCGGUUAUGUCAAAUGGACCAUUCAUACUCAAUCUUGAUUGUGAUCAUUACAUAUACAACUCUGAGGCACUGAGAGAAGGUAUGUGCUUCAUGAUGGAUAGAGGCGGGGAUCGCCUUUGCUACGUUCAGUUUCCACAGCGGUUUGAAGGUAUUGAUCCUUCGGAUCGAUAUGCUAAUCACAACACUGUCUUCUUUGACGUCAACAUGAGAGCUCUGGAUGGGCUUAUGGGUCCAGUUUACGUUGGAACCGGUUGUCUCUUCCGAAGGAUUGCACUUUACGGUUUCAAUCCGCCUCGAGCCAAAGACCAUUCCCCAAGUUGCUGGAGUUGUUGUUUCCCUCGUGGCAAGAAGAAGAAUAUCCCUGAAGAAAACAGAGCUCUGCGUAUGAGUGAUUACGAUGACGAAGAGAUGAAUCUUGCUCUUGUCCCGAAGAAGUUCGGUAACUCGACGUUCCUCAUUGAUUCAAUUCCAGUAGCUGAGUUCCAAGGCCGGCCUCUCGCGGACCAUCCAGCAGUUAAAAACGGGCGCCCACCCGGUGCACUCACCAUUCCACGAGAGCUUCUUGAUGCAACUACCGUAGCAGAAGCCAUUGCUGUUAUCUCUUGCUGGUACGAGGAUAAAACGGAGUGGGGAUCACGUAUCGGAUGGAUUUACGGGUCAGUUACUGAAGAUGUUGUCACAGGUUAUAGAAUGCAUAACCGUGGCUGGAAGUCUGUUUACUGUGUGACGAAACGUGAUGCUUUCCGUGGCACAGCUCCUAUUAACUUGACGGAUAGGCUUCACCAGGUUCUACGUUGGGCUACUGGCUC